AUGAGUCUGAACCCUCCGGCUGGUCGCGCCGCGGCACGCGUGGCAGAGCAUGGAGCCCCUUCCACCUUCGCCGGCCUGGCCGCCGCCACAUCCAGGAUCGCCUCCCACGGCCGCGCCGGCAACGCCGCCGCGGCGCGCGCCGUGUUCGACGCGAUGCCUCGCCGCGACGCCGUCGCCUGGAACGCCAUGAUCACCGCCUACUCCCGCGCCGGCCAGCCGCGCGCCGCCCUCGCGCUCUUCUCCCGCAUGCGCGGCGCACCGGACGCCUUCUCCCUCACCGCCGCGCUCUCCGCGGCCUCGGCCCUCCGCUGUUCCGUCGCCGGCGCGCAGCUCCACGCCCGCGUUCUCCGCCUCGGCAUCCGCGCGCUGCUCCCCGUCGGCAACGCGCUCGUCGCCAUGUACGCCAGGUGCGCCCGCGCGGACGACGCGGCGCGCGCCUUCCGGGAGAUGCCCGAGCGCAACGCGCUGUCCUGGUGCUCCCUCCUGAACGCCUACGUCGCCUCUGGCCGCAUUAAGCUCGCACAGGAGUUGUUCGACGAAAUGCCUGCUGCAAGCAGCGUUGCCUGGAACACGCUACUUACCGGAUAUUCUCGCAGCAGCAAUGCCAAGCAGUGUUUUCUUGUGUUCAACAAGAUGCGGGUGUCAGGGAUCUCUUGUGACGAUGCUACACUCUGCAUUCUGAUCGACGCUUGCACGGAGCUCCCCUACCCAUCUACUGGCUUUGCAGUCCACAAGAUUGCGGUGCAGAGUGGCUGGAAUGCCGUCCCCGAGGUCAGUAACUCGCUUAUUUCAUUCUACAGCAAGUUCAGCUUGCUAGAUCAUGCCGUGAAGACCUUCAAGUCUAUGGAGAGUAGAACCAUCGUGUCAUGGAAUUCGCUGAUUGAUGCAUACACAAGGCUUGGCCACAUUGAAAAAGCGGCUGCUCUAUUUCAACGAGCUCCUGAAACAAAUAUCAUCUCGUGGACAGCGAUGAUUGGAGGUUUUGCGAGGAAUGGCCACACAGACGAGGCCCUCGCACUAUUUGUCAAGAUGUUGACACAGAAGGAUACCCAGCCUGACGACUUCACUUUGGGGGCUGUGCUUCAUGCUUGCGCUACUGCAGCAUCUCUGACCGGUGGAAGGAUGAUCCAUGCCUGUGCAUUCCAAAGGGGUUUCACGUCCUACUUGUAUGUGGCCAACAGCUUGAUGGACAUGUAUGCCAAGUGCGGAGACGUGGAGGGUGCAAGCAGUAUAUUCAGUGAUGUCCUACAGAAGGACUUGGUCUCGUGGAACACCAUGUUGUUCGGGUUCGCGAUAAAUGGAUGGGCAAAUGAAGCACUGGCAAUGUAUGAAAGCAUGUUGUCCCACGAUGUCUGCCCCGACGAAGUUACAUUUGCCGGCUUGCUCACCGCCUGCAGCCACUGUGGACUCCUAGAUCAAGGCAGAGCUUUCUUUGAGUCAAUGGUGUCUGUCCAUCGACUGAAGCCAUCACCGGAACAUUUAGCUUCUGUCCUGGACAUGUAUGCUAGAUCAGGGAACAUAAAAAAGGCUAUUGAGAUGCUGGACCAAUAUUCAGAUACGGUUCAGCCACAUAUCAGUGACAUGCGCGAGGCUCUGCUUAGUGCCUACUCAUCAGGCAACCUCGAUGUCAGAAUCGGAAGGAGCGUGGGGAGCAGCAUGGUGUCUAUGGAGCCUGCAAAGGAUGCUGGCUAUGUCACGUUGUCUAACUUGUUGUGCGCCAUUGGGCAGUGGACGGAAGCGGAGCAGGUGAGAAGAACCAUGUCAGAGCAUGGUGUUAAGAAGUCUCCUGGCUGUAGCUGGAUCCAAGUGAUGGGUGCUAUUAAGGUGUUCGUAUCAGGUGGGCAGGAACUUGAUCCGUCAGAUAUAGUAUGUGAUAUCAUUCACUUGUUGGAUGAGGAAGUGGGGAAUACAGUGUGUUGCAGUCCGCAAAUUAAUAUGAGUUUUAACACAGUAAUUUUUGGCUGUGUUGACAUUGUCAUAUAUUAUGUAGCCCUGCUCAAUAUAUGGCCCAAACACUGUUGUUGCUGGUGUUGA